AUGGCGCAAGCGGAAUGGUGGUGGAAGAUAGCUGUGACUCUGGGAUGGAAAAUCAAAAGAUUGCUACCAAUUUGGAAAAUAAUGCUCCAGAAAAUAAAAAAUCCUUCGCUAGUUUUUUUUGCUGACAAUAGAAAGCAUGGUAAUGGGUUAGAACUGAAUUUUAUUCAACCUUCGAAAGCAAAUACUGUUUCAUUUUCUAUGGAUGAAUGGAAGGAAGGUGAAGAUUAUUGGAAAUUUGCAUUGAUAGGGCAUGUCAUUGGUGUUAAUGUAAAAUUUAAAUCUAUGGAAACCUAUGUCAAUAAACUUUGGGGAAAAUUUUCUAUACCUAAAGUUCAUUUAAUAAAGCAAGGAUUAUUUCUCUUUGAGUUUCAAUCGGAGUAUCAAAUGAAAGAGAUUUUAGAGGCUGGGCCAUGGUUCUUUGGAUCAAGACCUUUUGUUUUAAACCAUUGGUCUCUUGACACUGAUAUUGAGAAAAUUCAAGAUUACACUUACCCUAUGUGGAUUCAGUUGCGAAAUCUAAAAUUGAAUUUGUGGAGCUCCUUUGGUAUCAGCAAGAUUGCCAGCAUUGUUGGUAAUCCUAUUGCUACAGAUAAGCUAACUGCUACAAGGGAAAGAUUAUCUUAUGCAAAAGUCUUGAUUGAAGUUAAAUUGCCUCUAAAAGAACCUCUCCCUGAUCAGAUUGUUAUCCAAGGGCCUGAUGGGAAGUGCUAUAACCAAAGGAUAGUGUAUGAGCUCAAACCAAGAUGGUGCACAAAUUGUAAUAUAAUUGGACACAUGACUGAGCAAUGUAGAAGGCAAAAGAUGAAAAAAAUGUGGGUUCCCAAGCAACAGGUGACAAAUACACUAGCUGCAGUUAAUAUGGUUAAUGGUUCUGAAAAGGAGAUAAAUGCACAAAAUGUGGUUUCUCCUGUUAAUAGACAAAUACAAGAGCCUAUUAUAAAUCAAGACUCUGUUGGAAAAGAGAAUGGGAACUCUGGUAAGAAUCUGCCUCAUCAACAUGCACCAACAGUACCCAGUUCUGGGAAAGACCCUAUGCAGGUUUCCAGGAGUAAUUAUAUGGGUUUGGCAAACAUAACCUCCCCUACUGUAAAUGUCUCUGGUUUUUCAAGUGUUAAUAGGGCAAAUGAUGCUAAAAGGAUUAGUAUUGGUGACAAGGCAAACGUAGCAUCCUCUGACAUUCAGGCAUCCCAAUUCUCCUUAUUGAACUGCCAGGUACAAGAUCUUGACCCUUCUAACUUGGAUAGAGCUCUUUUAGAAACAAAAGUUGCUAGUAAUAAAAUGCAAUGGAUUGCAAGGAAAAUGGUUAAAAAUUGGAAUUGGAUUUCUAACUCUCAUCAAGCAAAUAAUGGAAGAAUCUGGAUUCUGUGGGAUAAUAACAUACUCUCUGUUCAAUGCAUAUCAUCCACUGAUCAGUUCAUAUCAUGUAAUGUUAAUUCAAAGGAUGGAAAGCUCUCAUGCAUUAUUACUGCGGUUUAUGCACUAAAUAAUCUGGAAGGUAGAAAGGAGCUCUGGCAUGACUUACUUUCUCUCAAACAAAAUGUUACAUAUCCAUGGAUCAUUGGGGAUGCCUUUAAUGCCAUAAUCAGCAAUGAGGAAAAGUUAGGGGGUGCUCUUGUCUCUGACUAUGAUACUGAAGACUUCAUAAAUUUUAUUUCUACAUGUCAAUUGAUUCAUUUGAAGACUACUGGCUAUUUUUUUACAUGGAACAACAAACAAGGGGCUGAUUCUAGAAUUUGGAGUAGACUUGAUAGAGUAUUAAUAAAUGAAGAAUGGAUCCAGACUUACACCUCAAGUCAAGUGGAUUACCUGGUUCCAAAUUGCUCUGAUCAUUCCCAUACUCUCAUAACAAUUGGUGAAGAUGACUUUAAAGGUAAAAGACCAUUCAAAUUUUUUAGUAUGUGGAUAAAUCAUCCAGAUUUUACCACAGUUGUCAAGACUGUUUGGGAACAAGAUAUCAGAGGCUUUCACAUGUAUAAGCUUCAUACUAAGCUCAGGGAGCUUAAGCAGGAUCUGAAAGAUUUAAACAAGAAGCAUUUUAUGAACAUAAGUGAGCAGGUGAUAAGAGCUAAAAGUGAACUCUCUGAUAUUCAGAAUCAGUUAAAUAAUGAUCUUUCAACCAAAUGUUGA